AUGUUCAAAGCAUCGGUGGGCCGACUUGGGCUACAAAGAGUGUCUCUUAGACUCUUCUCACAUGCUCCAGUUAUAAAAGCUGAGCAAAACCCUCAAAACUCCCUUGAGUACUUGUCGAAGUUCUAUUCUCCAGAGAUGCUACAGAGUCUCAAGAUCACCGAAUCUUUAGUGGACCCAGCCUCGUACCUUGAGUUGAAAAAAGGCGGCAAGGCUGAAAUUUCUAAAGUUGCCCCUGAUCCAGAGGAGACUUACCUCAAAACCGACCCAAAAUGGGACGAACCCAUCCUUUACCCAAACCAGGCUCCAGACAGAACUCCGUACGCUCCAAUUCCCAGAGAGGCAAGACCAGACACUUCAGACUUGAAGCUUCGUUUUCACGUUGAGCAGAAAAAGGCAAGAAAGUCGGCGAGAGAAACCUUUGAUGACCGUUACAACCGAGUAGCACUUUUAACUGGGUUUAACGUGGACUACAUCAAGAAGUUGCGUGUCACCAACGUACUCAUAAAAAGGGUGUCUUGCCAAACAAGCAAAGGUAAGAUCCCCAACUUCUAUGCCAUGACGAUUGUGGGCGACAGAAACGGCAUGGUGGGUAUGAGUGAAGGUAAAUCGAGGCAAGGUGUGAGGUACGCUUUGGAAAAGGGUUUCUUGAAGGCGGUGAAGAACCUCCAGCCAGUUGCUCGUUACGAAGACAGAACAAUCAUUGGCGAGAUCGACUACAAGUACCAUGCGGUGAAAUUGCUGUUGAAGUCUGCGCCCGCCGGGUUUGGACUCCGAAUCAAUCCUGUGCUUUUUGAAGUAUGUGAGGCUGCUGGUAUCAAGGACUUGAGAGGUAAAAUCACGAAAUCAAGAAACAGAAUGAACACAGUGAAGGGAUUCUUCGAGGCGUUGACAAAGGAAAGGCCCAUCGAGGAGUUGGCUGCGGGCAGAGGCAAGAAGAUUGUCGACUUGAGAAAGGUAUACUACUCUGCUUAG